AUAGUCCACAAAAAACAUUAGAAGAUUGUGAUUUUUAGCCUAAGUAGGCUAAUCACUAUGAUCACGCCUAUGGUAAAUGCAGAAGAGCGUGAGGAGAGAGGUUCGAGUCUGCACUGUUCCUCGCAUUAGACGGUCUUGGGAGUGGGGGAUGGGGGUGAGACAGAGACUGAGCGAGAGAGAGAGAGAGAGAGAGAUUCAACAAAGGCAAGACCAAAGGGAACACUUACACUGUUGGUGCUGCUAGCCGUGUGCCAGAUCAGAGAAACAGACUGGCAGCAGGUUUUUGUCCAACUUCUCCUUUGCCAUCCAGUUCCCAGUAUGACAUUGUCCAGUGCUCCGGCUCUGCGUAGAGGAAGCACCCCAGUUCCCAUAAAGCACCAAUUAAGACGGGAGGAAGCCGUCAAUGAUGAUUGUGAUUGGACGUCGGGACUAGGGGGCCAGUCACCUCCACCAAUCAGUUUCUCACCUGCUCAGGACGAGUUUGCGUCUUUGGGCACAGACAGGCAUGGAGGGCCUUUACGGAUUGCCUUGCUGGGACAGAAUGGAGUUGGCAAGUCUUCUUUGGCCAUUGCCCUGGCCGGAGAAACAGACAGAACAGCUUCUGUAGACUCAGAGGGGGAAGGCUAUGUUCGCAUGGUUACCGUGGACGACGAGGAAAGCACCAUCAUUAUCUAUGACAACUGGAGGCAGGACCUCUCCACGCUGCAGUGCGAGGUGUGUGUGCUUGUGUUCUCGGUGACGGACAGGCGGAGUUUCCACCGCACGGCCCAGCUCCGCCUCCUCCUGAGGGAGACGCAGCCACAGACUCCCAUCAUCCUCGUGGGCAACAAGAGCGAUCUGGUGCGUUCCCGCGAGGUCAGCACAGAAGAGGCACGCUCCAGUGCGGCCCUGUUCGGUAGCCUCUACCUGGAGCUCUCCACCACACUAGAGCACAAUACAGCGGAGCUUCUGGAGGCAGCAGUGCGGGCGGCGCGGGGCGAGGGCCUGGGGCCCGGGGGGGCCUGCGGUGGGGACGACGGGGGCGGUGGCGCGGGGGGCCGGCGCGAGAGCCUCACCACCCGCGCCAAACGCUUCCUAGCCAACCUGGUGCCGCGCUACCCCCCGCGAGAGGGAGAGAGAAGGGGGCAAGUUCUUCCGGCAGAAGUCUCGGUCAUGCCAUGACCUGGUAGCCCUGUGAUGAAUGGAGCAGAGGGAGGAAGAAAGGGAAAAUGAACAGAUAUAAUAAAUUAAUGGAAGAGGGAAGAGGGAGAAAGAGGGGAAUGAAAAUGAGAGAGGAUGAAGAGGUGUAGCUAUCAGCAGCAAAAUAAUCACAUAAUAUGUAGAUGAGAUGUAUUUCAAUGCAUUAAGAGACAUUGGAUGAUGUGUGCUGAUCUGAUAUAAUUUAGAACAAGGAGAGAGAAACCUCAAACUAGCUAUAGAUUUAUAGAUACUUCACAGUACAGCACAUAACCUAUGCCCUAACUCUACAUUUGUAUAUACAUAUCAUGGUGUGACCUGUGUCGAGCUACUAUUUGUCAUGUUCAGCCAAUUACCCCAUGAAAGUGUUACCGUACAAAUAAA